AUGAAGAUAGCAAACAAUAAAGAUGCAUUGAGGAAGACUUGGAACCCUAAGUUUACAUUAAGAAGUCACUUUGAUGGCAUCCGAGCACUUGCUUUCCACCCCAUUGAACCUGUUUUGAUAACAGCGUCAGAAGAUCAUACACUGAAAAUGUGGAAUUUGCAGAAAACAGCCCCAGCCAAAAAGAGUACUUCUCUUGAUGUAGAGCCUAUCUAUACCUUCAGGGCUCAUAAAGGUCCAGUACUUUGUGUGGUGAUGAGCAGCAAUGGUGAGCAGUGUUAUAGUGGUGGUACUGACGGACUGAUCCAGGGCUGGAAUACCACUAAUCCUAACAUUGAUCCCUAUGACUCCUAUGAUCCUUCAGUUUUAAGAGGCCCUCUAUUAGGCCACACAGAUGCAGUCUGGGGUUUGGCUUACAGUGCAGCACAUAAGCGUUUGUUGUCCUGUUCAGCAGAUGGCACUCUUCGUUUAUGGAACACAACAGAGGUUGCUCCAGCACUAAGUGUAUUUAAUGAUAAUCAAGAAUUGGGAAUCCCUGCCUCUGUGGAUCUAGUGAGCAGUGACCCGAGCCAUAUGGUAGCAUCAUUCAGCAAAGGAUACACAAGCAUUUUUAACAUGGAAACACAACAACGCAUUCUCACUUUAGAAUCCAAUAUAGAUUCAACAUCCAGUAAUUCCUGCCAAAUAAACAGAGUCAUCAGUCAUCCCACCCUUCCUAUCAGCAUCACUGCUCAUGAAGACAGGCACAUCAAAUUCUAUGAUAACAAUACAGGUAAGCUGAUCCACUCAAUGGUAGCCCAUCUGGAAGCUGUUACGAGCUUAGCCGUUGAUCCUAAUGGCCUGUACUUGAUGUCUGGCAGUCAUGACUGUUCAAUACGUUUGUGGAAUCUAGAAAGUAAGACAUGUAUCCAGGAGUUCACAGCUCAUCGGAAAAAAUUUGAAGAAUCAAUUCAUGAUGUAGCUUUCCACCCCUCCAAAUGCUACAUAGCUAGUGCUGGAGCGGAUGCUCUGGCUAAAGUCUUUGUAUGACAUGAUGCUUCAUCUUCACCUUCUAGCUCUUUAUAAAUAACCAACUGCACAAAAGAGAUUCAGAAGACCAGGGCAAGAAUCAUCUCGUCUUGCCCUUUUAUUCUGCUGAAGGAGCACAGAGAACAUUUGUUAAAGUAUAGUUUUGCAAUUCAUAUACUGUUUUCUAAAAUUAAGGUUUGUUCAGGUUGCUGCAAGCUCAGCUGAAUCUGUGAGCCUAAAAACUGUUUAAAAUCUUCCCCCAAAGAGGCGCUUUUAUUUCUGAAGUUGUUCUAAUUUGCUAGGCAGGUCUGAGUGAACCCAGGUUUAGUUUGUCUUGUCCUUCUUGAGUGAACAGGGCAUCCUCUAAUGGACAAUUAAAAACUGGAUGGCUGGGGAAUGAGUAUAGGAAGAGCAGAAACUUAGAUUUACUUCUCCCUUGAGAAAUCUUGUUAAACACAUUAGGUAGUCAAACAGUAAUCUGUACUAUAUCUCCUGUACUAACCCUGUUAUGUAUAAUAACCAGUCAGUGUUAAAAAUCAGUUCUAAUUUAACUCUCCUUUCAGCUGUUUGCAUAAAGCACGUGGCAAAGCAUUUUACCUAUUAGAAGGAAAAGAUGCAAUAAUAUGUUAAAUAUAUUAUUAUUCAGAAAUGCUAAGCAUACUUAAUUCGCAAGCAAAUUUCUAUAUUGUAUUAUUGUUUUGAAAAUGAAUUUGGAACAGUUCUAAAGUUUAGCUGUCAGGCACUCUUCAAACUGAAGAACAGUUUGAUAGAGUCUACUUUUUCUAAAAGAUUUAAGCUUAUUCAGGUUUGAGAUUCUGUUUGUUUUUUUUUAAAGGGCAAACGGCAUAUCUCUAAUUUUU